UGGCCGGGGCCGGCACCGGCACCGCCCGCGGCUGCUCCCAGCAACGCCUCAGGAAGUGAGGGCGGCUCGGGCCAGGCCGGCCGCGGGGCCCAGCGGGGCCGGGCCAGGCCCGCUCCAUUCCCGGACCCGCUCCAUUCCCGAUCCCUCAUCGCUGCCAUGGGCCCGGCCAGGCUCCCGGCGCCCCGCGGGCUCGGCUGCUUUGUGCUGGUGCUGCUGCUGCUCCUGGGCGGCUCGGGCAGCCCCGGGACAACGCCGCCGCCCCGGGCGCCCUGGGCAGAGGAGCAGGGAGCCGUCCCGGAGGGGGCACCGUGGGGCAGGGUGAGGUACGAGGCCGUGAAGAAGCAUCUGGGAGCUCUCUCCAAGCACUACUGGCAGUACCUGGCGUGCAAGGUGUGGCAGGAGGGCUGCGAGGAGGAGGAGAAGCAGCAAGGAGAACGAGAGGCCAGUCCCGUCCCAGGCUGGGGCUUUCCUCUGGUUGGCCAGGAUUACCUGGAGAUCCUCUCUGCCUGGUACUGCAGCUUCGGCAAGUGCUGCGAGACAGGAGACUGCAGGAUCAUCAACAACAUCACAGGGCUGGAGGCAGAGCUCAAUGGGCAGCUGCACGGGCAGCACCUGGCCAAGGCCGUGGUGCUGCGGGCGGUGCAGGGCUUCCUGCAGGGCCCACGGCCCCCCAAGGCUCUGGUGCUGUCCUUCCACGGCUGGUCUGGCACGGGGAAGAACUUUGUGGCUCGCAUGGUGGCCACUCACCUGUUCCGGGACGGGCUGAGGAGUGACUGUGUCAGGGUGUUCGUGUCCCUGCUCCACUUCCCACACCACAACUACGUGGACUCCUACAAGGCCCAGCUGCAGAGGCAGAUCAGCGAGACCCUGCAGCGCUGCAGGCAGGCCCUGCUCAUCUUCGACGAGGCCGAGAAGCUGCACUCCAACCUCCUGGAUGCCAUCACACCCUUCAUGGCUCAGCACACCAGCAAGGGCCAGGCAGAUCAGCAGAGAUCCAUCUUCCUCUUCCUCAGCAAUCUUGGUGGCAACACCAUCAAUGAGGUGGCCCUGGACUUCUGGCGAGCCGGGCGGGCGCGGGAGGAGAUCCCCCUGGAGCUGCUGGAGCAGCGGCUGCGCCUGGAGCUGCAGGAGGCUGCAGAGAACAGCUGUGCCCACAGGCAGCUCCUCAGGGAGAAGCUGAUCGAUUUCGUGGUGCCGUUCCUGCCCCUGGAGUACCAGCACGUGAGGCUCUGUGCACGGGACGCCUUCCUGGCCCGGGGCCUUCCCUACACCGAGGCAACGCUUGACCAGGUGGCCCAGAUGAUGGUGUUUGUCCCCAAAGAGGAGAAGCUUUUCUCUGCACAGGGCUGCAAAUCCGUGCCCCAGCGCAUCAAUUAUUUCCUUCCUUGAACACCAGGGGGACCA